GGCUGCUCUCUGUUCUCUCUGAACAACAGACUCUGCUGCUGAAACAUAAAAACAUGAAGGAAUGAAGACAUGAAAACUGUGACAACAUGAAGCUGGGAUCAAGAGGUCUGAACAGACAGAGGGUGAGAGACACAGACUGUCUGUAGACCAGCAAGAGAGAGAGGUGGAGGAAGAUGCUGAGACCCUGCAGACUGCUGCUGUGGGAGGUGGCUCUUAGGUUAUCUUAUCAUGUUGUUACAGCCGGUAUAUGUCUGGGGGGCUCAGACAUCUUUGCAUCGGUCAAAGAGAACAGUCCGACAGGUGAGUUUAUCUCUAACAUCAGCAUCCGUGGAUAUCCAGGAGCCAACACCGUCAAACUGUGUCUGACUGGAGACAACGCCAACUGGUUCUACUUAGAAGGUCGAACCAUCAGACUCAACACCUCGCUCUCCAGAGUCCUUGACAGAGAGGUUCAGGGAUCAGUGCUGAUAGCAGAACUGACCUGUUAUGAGGAUGAUGUCAUGCAGAGUCAGUACAGGAUCCUGGUGGAGAUUGUGAAUGAAAAUGACAACAGACCAAACUUCCUUCCGGAAACGAUUCAGCCGUUCACCAUCAGUGAGCUGACACCAGUGAACUCUGUGGUUUUCACUGUCAAGGCAGUUGAUGCAGAUGGAGACAUGAUCAGUUACAUCAUCGAUCAAUCAUCACCUGAUGCCUGGUUCUUCAGGAUCGAUCUACCAAACAGUGGAAACAUAGUCCUCAACAAACCGCUGGACUACGAGACCAGAACUCACCUGGAGCUCAUCAUCUGUGCCCAGGAGUCAAACUCUGAGGAGAAGUUCAACACGACGGCUCUUUUAACUGUGAACAUUGAGGAUGGAGACGACCAGUAUCCUCAUUUCCUGCCUUGUACACCUGUGUCUCCAGGUGUUCCUGUCUGCAUGAGCCCCACCUACACCACCAACAUCACACAGAAACACCAGGAUGUUAUUCUUGAGUUUUCUCCUGGUCCAAUCAGAGCAGAGGAUGGAGACAGAGGAAUCGACACGUCUCUGAUCUACAGCAUCCUGUCAGGUGAUGAUCAGAGCAGGUUUGUGAUCAACGACAGGACAGGUGAGCUCAGGUUAACCCGAGGUGUGGACGACCGACGACUGACACCAAACUUCACACUCAACAUCAUGGUGUGUCAGGUGGAUGACAGGCUGAAGUAUAGUGUGGCGUCAGUUCUGGUCAGAGUUCUCUAUGAGAACACGUUCCCUCCAGUUUUCAACAGAACCACCUUUAAAGGUUUCAUCAUCCAGAGCUCUAGCCCCGCCUCCAUUGUCUCCACCUAUGGGAACCAGGUGUUACAGGUCCAGGUGUCAGACCGUGACUUUUCUGAUGGCCUGAAUCCAAACAUCCACUACUCCCUCCAUCCUCUGUCUGGACUGUACCAAGUCACCCAGAGGGGGGUUCUCAUCGCCAGGACGGACCAGCUGCACGCCUUCGACAGACACAUAUUACAGGUUGUAGCCAGAGACGAAGAAUCAGGAGAAGAGGUUUCAGCUUCAGUGGACAUUGAAGUCCUGCAGAGAGGACAAGCAGUCCCUCGUGGUGCGUUCACUGAGCAGCAGAUGUUUGGAGAUGUGGACAGCAGACUGGCAGGAGGAAUAGCAGUGAUGAUCCUGCUGAUGUUUCUAUCAGCUUUUCUGUUUCUGCUGCUUCGAACAAUGAAGAGGCGACGUUUACAGAGGGACCCUGAAGAACACACAGCUGUUGCUCUGGAAAAACAUCCGAACGUGGUGAGCUCCAGCCGACCUGUUUUCUCUCUGGAUGACUCUUCCUACAACACCAGAGCUUUCAGUCGUCACUGCGAGUCUUCUUCACAGUCAGAGAGUUUACAUGGCCGACAGGGAGUCUACACCAGGAGACUCUCUCAGCUUCAUCCUCCAUCAUCAUCAUCCUCCAUCAUCAUCACUGAUCCUCCUGCUCAUCAAACACCAUGAUGUCAGACUGAUCUGCAGGUCGCUGUCAGAGUGUGGACCGUCCAGGUGUUCACAGUGAUGAUCACUACGGGGACUCCUCGACCACAUGAAAAUGGCCCAAUCAGAGGAGAUGUUACUGGAACAGGACGAUGGUCAGCAGCCAAUCAAAGAGCAGGAAAAAGUAAAUGAAUGAUGAAGAGCUAAGAGAUGUGAUGCUGACUUCCUGUUCCUGGACAGGAAGUGAUGUUGACUUCCUGUUUGGAAUGCCCAAACUGAUCGACGGAUUUUAAUUAAAACUAAAAAAUUCCAGGGAAAUUUUGAGUGCCACGGGGGCUACUGCCGGGAUGAGUACAUGAUUUAUUUCCAGUGUUCAAAAGUCACCCUGAUCAUAUUCUGGUUUUGAGAAAUGUCUUGAUAUAAAAGACUCUGAUAUAAAACAAUGUCACAUCCCUCCAUCAUGUAUUAUGUGGGAAAUAUCUCAUAUUCUGUCUUGUUUUUUUUAAUAAAACAAGAGGCAACAUGUCUUCAAACUGGCAUUUAAAGGGUUAAAAUCCUGAAAACUAAUAAUCAUUUGGCAGGUUUGAGCAGAACUGAAGUGGUUUAAGAGAUUUAUGCAAAAAAAGCAGAAAAAAAUAUUGAUAUAUGAUAAUUUUAUAGCAUUUUCUUUGUGUGUCCUUUUUUGGACGCGAGGAACCCCAGAGGGUACAAAAUGUGUUACCAGUGUAUAAUAGACCUGUAACAGUAACUGACAUUAGAUUUUAAAAAUAUGUAAAAAAAGACACUUUCUUGCAGAAAUCCAUACCUUCAGCUGUAACACAGCCAAAAUGAUCAGCAAAUCAAGAGUAGUUCUCAAGUAAAGAAAAUGUCCAAAAAAGGACAGAGGGACCCCUGAGGGUUAAUAAAUCCCAUGAACCGCUAUUUAAAUUACCGCUAUUAUGUUUUUUUCUGUGCUAAAUUUAACAUUACUGGGGAGGAGAGCAACGCGACUAGAAGUGACAGCGAGAGAGGGCUAGUAGCUUCUCCUCUCCUCUGUCUCAGCGGAGACCGUCACAACUUCAUUCACUCUUUUAACAAAACAAAACAAAAAGCAACGAAGGAAGCAGUAAAUGGACUUACAUAUUUAAGACCUAACUAAAUGUAAUUUAAGACCUAACAUGCGGCUAAUGUAAAGCUAGCAGAGCUUGGAGAGUUGGUUAUCUGGUUGCUAGGCGCACGCACACAGGUCAGGAGCUGCCGUUGCCAUGGCAAUGUGAAAAUCUGCCCAGAAUUUGGCUUCUACAUGGCUUCAAAACAACUGCAAAUUAUGAGAAAACCGUUACUUCUUUUCAUAAACCGAAAAGACCGUGCCAGACACUGAAGCCAGAAGUUUCUACAGUCUCUAUUUUAUUCAGAUAUUCCUUAAAAUGAGUGAGGAAGCUCAGUGCGAAGACAGAGAGAGAUUCUUUUGAAAAAAAAAGACGAUUACAUUAGGUGUCAAUGAGAGUGAGACAGGUAUUGCUGCCGGACUCGGCACCCCCCCGUUUAAAUUUUGUGCAGACCCUGCCUGUCAAAGUUACAUUUUAUGAAUCCCAACAACUAUGUCUACAUUUUCAGAAAGAAUUAUUUGUCUCCUUUUUACGGUUUGGCCGCGAGCUCGAGUUAAAAAAAAAAUAAAGGUUAUUUUUUACUGCUUCACGCACUCUAGCCAACUGACGCUUUCACUCUAACUUUGAAGAAAAAGUAAUUUGCACUCUUCCUUUGAGUGCUCACAGUUUGAAAAGUUUACAUGUUAUGUAAAAACAGUUCCUGUCUUUUGGAAAGAGCAGAAGUUUUCCUCCGUUUUACAGUUUGAAUCACAUUUCUACGUGCAGGUAUGAGAGAGCUGGGUGACUCAGAAAAAAGGUGCAACUUUGUAGAAAAAAGGUGGGUUUCUAAAGAAAAUUCCAAUGCAUUUCUAAUGCAUUAUUUAUUCCCAGUUUUUUGGGAAUAACUUUGGGAAAAAUUGGAAUUUUAACACCAAAAGUCAUAGCACCCCUUGCGGGAUCAAGACGCACGUUUUGAUGUAUAUAUUACCGGGGUUUUCUCAAAGCUGUGGGACAAGUUACGCGCCGAAAUUUGGCGGAAGAAUAAUAAACCCGAAACAGAAUAUUAAUAGAUGCCUCGGAGCUGAGCACCCGUGGCACUAAAUAUGUGAUGGGUAGACUGUGUGCUGUGUAGUAUAGCCCCGCCCCAGCCCAACAGGCACCAAAUUAAAACAUCAUGUUGGUCGUGUGCAACUUGAACAAAGUGUAUGAGAAUGAUAUAACGUACGCCAUCUGCAAUGCAUGACAAAUAUGAUCAUAUCGGCCGAUCUCACUCAUAGAUGAUCCUAUCGGGGGCAAAAAACAUGAUCACGGCAUCCCUACUUCCUGUCAUGUUGACUUCCUGUCUGCUGCUGUUGAUCAGUGUCUGAU